AUGAAGAUAGCAUUUAUUCACCCUGAUUUGGGUAUUGGAGGUGCUGAAAGACUCGUGGUAGAUGCUGCCGUAGGACUUCAGGACCUUAAACAUGAUAUCACCAUUUAUACAUCUCACUGUGAUAAGAGUCAUUGUUUUGAAGAAGUAUCAUCAGAUCAAUUGAAAGUAACAGUAUAUGGAGAUUUCUUACCUACUCAAAUUAUGGGUAAAUUCCAUAUUUUAUUUGCAAUUUUAAGACAAUUGGUACUUGUAGUGAUGUUAAUUUUCACUGGAGAAGCUUAUGAAUAUGAUUACUUCAUUAUUGAUCAAUUAUCAUUCUGUAUUCCAAUUUUAUGUAUUUUCACCAAAGGUAAGAUUUUAUUCUAUUGUCAUUUCCCGGAUCAAUUAUUAUCUAUUCCAAGUGGAUUAAUCAAGAAGUUAUAUAGAAUUCCGUUCAAUGCUGUUGAAGAAUAUACCACAAGUUUAAGUGAUAAACUCAUUGUUAAUUCAAAUUUCACUAAAUCAAUUUUUCACAAAACAUUCACUUCCAUCAAGACAGAUCCUAAUGUUAUUUAUCCAUGUGUAGAUAUUGAUCAAGGGAUAAUUGAAACUAAAGAAGAUGAAGAAGCAGAUAAAGAAGUUAAAGAAUUCAUGAAAGAUAACAAAUUUUUCAUCUCCAUUAAUAGAUUUGAAAGAAAGAAAAAUAUUGAAUUGGCUAUUAAAUCUUAUGGGAAAUUCAAAGCUUACCUUGAAUCCAACAAUGAACCUGUUCCUAAGCUUGUGGUAGCUGGAGGGUUUGAUUCAAGAGUUCCAGAGAAUGUUCAAUACUUACAAGAAUUAGAAAAGUUAUCAGAAUCCCUUUCGCUCAAACAUUAUACCAUAAGAUCUAGAUUGAUUGUCAUGCCACCAACUUCAGAUAUUAUAUUUUUACCUUCAAUUAAAUCCCUGAUCAAGAAAGCCUUGAUCAAGCAAAGUGAUUUGUUAUUUUACACUCCAUCUAAUGAACAUUUUGGGAUUGUACCCGUCGAAAGUAUGUUGUUUAAGACUCCGGUUAUUGCUCCAAAUAACGGUGGACCUUUAGAAUCUAUUUCAAACUAUACAACUAAUAAAUCCAUGGCUACUGGUUUCAAUGUUCCUCCAACCGAAGAGCAAUGGUUUGAGACCUUAAAACAAUUCCAUCAUUUAUCAGACAAUGAAAAGACUGCUUUAGGAGAGAAUGGAUUCAAAUUAGUAUUGAAGAAAUUUUCCCGUCAACAAAUGGCUCAAGAAUUUUGGAAUAACUUACAACAAGCAAGUUAUACCGAUAAGGGAAUUAUAGUAUCUAUUUUACGUAAAGUUUCAUGGUUAACAGUAUUGGGAUUCUUUACGAUACUAGUCGCUUUAGUAUGGCAAUUCAAAUAA